AUGGAACGCCCGACUGCGUGGCCUGUCGUCCCGGAUUCCACCUGUACGCAAACCGGCAGUACUGCGGAAAAAACGGGUGGAACCGCUACGACGGCCCCGCCUUUAUGUAUUCGGAUCGCUUCCGGCACACUCUGUCCUACGACGCGCGGGCGUCUACCGUGCGCAUGCACAGGCCGCUCCGGCUUCCAAGCGGCGACUUGGCAUACCCCAUCCCCGGUUUGGUGGGGGUGCGCAACACGCGCGACCCCGCGGCAGAUCCGACCGAAACGCAGAUCGUGUCGCCCAUCUGGGACUACUUUCUUCCCCGCACAUCGGGUAGUGGGCAGUUCGAAGAGGUCGUGCUCACGAUCAAGUGGAACGACCAAGGCUGGGGGAGGCAAAAGGUAUUUCUCAUUGUGCGCUUGCACACCUCGCUGCACAACGUGA